AUGCGCCCAGCUCUUCUGAGGCUCUUGAAGAGGCCAUCAGCUGUCUCGGUUCUAGAUAUCCUUAUCAGCACAUCCAUCGGUAUAGAACAAUUGGGCUCGAGAGAGCGGUGCAUACGAUGCCAGACACGUCGAGCAAGUCGCGCUGUGGCUGCUCACGAACCCUUUCCCGCGUUGGAUGCCGAUAGCGAACCUUCACCCAAUCAAGCGCGAAUUGAAUCGAAAUUCCAAUCGAAGCUUCGGAUACACGAUCUCGGUUCUUCCCAAAAUGCGAGACAUUUCGUCGAAUCGAAAGCGGUGCAUGAGUCGGAUCCGGUGGCAGCUCGGAGGUCUGCUGCAGACUGGACUCUGGUGCCAGAAAACCUGGAAUACGAAUCAGACAUAGGCCACUUGGACGAUAUUGGGAGCAGAUUGGUCGAUAAGUCACAUUUUCGAAAUGAUUUUGUUCUCUGGGAGGAGCUGCUGCGGUAUCGCCAGCGUCAUUAUGGGGAAGCCGGCACGAUAAACAUCUGGCAAGGUCUAACAGCGAGGCAUACUGAUAUAUCACUCCCUGUGGAAGGAGAGCAGGCGGACUUUUUCUGGCAGAGUUUUGUUGAUGCUGCAUUGGUCCGAGAUAAAUUUCUGCAUGAUCUGGUGGAUUACGCAUUCCAGCUACAGAAAACCAGCGGCAAGCAAUGGAGCAGGUUCUAUGAAGCCAUUGUGGGCGGCUUUCUGGAUCGGGACCGGCCAAAACAGGCUGUUCAGUGGCAUAAAAGACUACAGAAAAGACAAUUAUUUCACGUCGAUGAUUUGACGCGGAUAUUGGAGCGGGCUUUACAGUGCAAUUCACGCCGUAUCACUUGGCCUUCUUCCGGUCUCAGAAACGGCAAAUCAUACCAUUUAUCUACCGGGCUCCGGGCUCUCCAGGGUAUAUGCCGCUCUGUCGAGGGGCAGAGAGUAUACGGCUUAGUCGUUCCCGCUCUUAUGAAGCGUGGACGGGUCUUCGAAGCUUUGGUGAUGCACGACUUUCUAGUUGAACGCGGCGACCAUCCCCACAGCUUUGACGAAGUGCAACCUUUGCUCGAUAAUAUCAAGCAGCUACAUCAAUCUACAAUGCGUCUGAAGUUCCAAGAGUAUUGCCAAGCUCGGUUCCUCCCAGAACUGGAGGUGCAAGACCAGCCACUGCCGCAGAAACAGCCGGAGAAGGAUGAGGCUGUAGUCUCAUGGCCCCAGGAACGACCAAUUAAGGAUGAGUUCGGAGCACGGCUUUUUGCUACAAAAGCUUUUACGUCUGAUGUUAUCGUUGGGGGCCUCCAGAUGUUCGGGGUCUCUGCUAUCGGGCCGCAGUCUCUGCGGGAGAUGGCGCUGAGAGCUCAUGGUUCGCAGGAUAUUCUGGAGAAGAUCAAACGUCUACAGAAGGCCGGCAUCUCCAUUGGAGACUCAGUGUUUUCGAGGGUUGUUCGGAAACUAGCGUCUGAGAACAGGGACAUUGUGCUGUACGAUGUACUCCACAGCGACCAACAUCCAGACACACUCGAGGAUGCAGCCACGCAAGAGGCGCUUCUGGUAUCAUAUUACAUGGCUCGAGAUUGGCGCCAAUACAACAUGACGCUUGCCAUCUUGGUCGAGUUAGUCCAAGAGGACCCGGACUUGUUCAACAUCCAUUUUCGGAAACACAUAAACGCUGGAGAAUGGAACUCAGCCAGCCGUAUUGUGGACGAAAUGUUCAUCCGCAAAAGGAUGCUUUCGAAGGAGAGCAUCGACUUCAUGAUCCAAGAAGUGCUCAGUCCCCGGAGAAAAGGAAUGGGUCCCUCGCCGAGACGACAUCUCCAUCCGGUCGACGAGAUUGGCUUUGUGACUCGAGUACUGCGGAGAGCCGCAGAAACAGGUGUGCCUGUGGAUUCUGACAUCUGGAUUGAGUCUUUGAAGCGCCUAGGAAUGAAGAAUCGUUGGAGUGACCUCUGUGAGCUCGCUCUUUGGCUCGCCCAUCGGUAUUCGUCUAAGAGGAAGGCAAUUGUCGCGCAUCUCGUCGCCUCGUCCGCAAGGAACACAGUCAUGGGCACUAACACCAUAACGGAGCCAGCAUUUCCAGGCGAUGUGCUUCGAGCCGUCUUUAACCCAAGGAUGCAAAUGGCUAUUGUGGCAUGGGGCUUCAAGCUACGACCUUCAAGCAAUGUUGAUUCGAAAGUAUAUAAUCCAUUGAGAGUGGAAGGCCUGAAUCUCGUACCCUGGGUCCGUGGGCUGGUACUUCUUCGUGAUCUCGAGCGAGAAGGGGUUCGACUGGAAACGGGAUGGAUUCGUCGAGCCUGUCGACAUCGUCUAGCCGUGCUUUUUGGUCCACCACGUUAUUCCAACCGACGGAUGAACCGACUGCUGCGACGGGAAAACCCUUACGAUGUAACGAGGGUCAUUGGGGACAUGCUCAAGGUCUGGGGGCCUUCCUUGUUCCUCGGACAGGAGCGUCGCGAUCUCCAAGGGCUGCUGAACCCGCGAAGCUCAAUGAUGUCGCUGCGGCGGAGCCAUCGCCUGGUUUGGAACAAUAGGCUCUACCGAACACAGCCUCACAUUUGA